GUCAUCGUCCUCACGGUGCUCGCGCUCGUCGUCCCCUACGCGCUCUGGGCCGGUUUGGUGGCCACCGGCAUGGACUCGAACGAGGUCGGCGUCGUGCUCUCCGGCGUCUUCGUCAUCGGGUCCAUCCUCCUCUGGACCUUCUCCUACAUCUUCCGCGUCUUCACGAAGAACAUGACCUACAGCACGCAGCUCAAGCAGUACGAGGACGCCGUCAUCGCGAAGCGCUUCGAGGAGCUCCAGGACGACGAGGUCGAGGCGCUCCUCGGGGAGAUCGAGCGCGAG